AUGGAGACCUUCCUCCUGCUGAAGAGCCAGGCGAAGAUGCCCAUAGUAGGCCUGGGAACCUGGAUGUCCCCUUCAGGCAAAGUGGGGAGUGCAGUGAAGGCGGCCAUUGACGUCGGGUACCGCCAUAUCGACUGCGCCCACGUCUACCAGAAUGAGAAUGAAGUAGGCGAGGCCAUCCAGGAGAAGCUGAAGGAGAAGGUGGUGAGUCGGGAGAACCUUUUUGUCGUCAGCAAGCUUUGGUGCACAUACCUUGAGAAGAGCUUGGUGAAGUCUGCCUGCCAGAAGACUCUGAGUGACCUGAAGCUGGACUACCUGGAUCUCUACCUUAUCCACUGGCCUAUGGGAUUGAAGGCUGGGACCGAUUUUUUCCCACUGGAUGACAAGGGCAAAGUGAUUCCCAGUAACACCAGCUUUUUGGAUACAUGGACAGCCAUGGAAGACUUAGUGGAUACAGGACUCGUGAAAGCCAUUGGGGUUUCCAACUUCAACCACCUCCAGAUUGGGAACAUCUUGACCAAGCCGGGGCUGAAGCAUGAGCCGGCAGUUAACCAGAUUGAGUGCCAUCCCUAUCUCACCCAGGAAAAGCUGAUCGAGUAUUGCCAGUCCAAAGGCAUUGUAGUGACAGCCUAUAGUCCCCUUGGUUCUCCAGAUCGACCAUGGGCCAAGCCAGAGGACCCUUCUCUCUUGAAUGACCCCAGGAUUCAGGCCAUUGCACAAAAGCACAACAAAACCAGUGCACAGGUUCUGAUCAGGUUCCACAUCCAGAGAAAAGUGGUUGUGAUCCCCAAAUCUGUCACCCCAUCACGGAUUGCUGAGAACUUUAAGGUGUUUGAUUUUGAGCUGACUGACGAAGAGAUGACAACUAUACUCAAAUUCAACCAAGGCUGGAGAGUCUGUAAUAUGUCCAAUGCCAAUUCUCACAAAGAUUACCCCUUUGGUGUCCCAUUUUGA